AUGCACUUCAUCCACAUCAUCCUCCACUCCUCACCCACUUCUCAUCCACACCGCCAUCCACUUCACCCACCUCAUCCACUCCUCAUCCACACCGCCUCCACUCCUCACCCACCUCAUCCACACCGCCACCACUCCUCACCCACCUCAUCCACACCGCCAUCACGCCAUCCACUCCUUCACCCACCUCAUCCACCGCCAACUCCUCACCUCAUCCACACCGCCAUCCACUCCUCACCCACCUCAUCCACCACCGCCAUCCACUCCUCACCCACCUCAUCCACUCCCCAUCCACUCCUCACCCACCUCAUCCACACGCCAUCCACUCCUCACCCACCUCAUCCACACCGCCAUCCAGCCAAGCCCCGCGAAAGGGAAGCAUUAGACGAGAGAGAUAAGCGUUAUCUGCGCGGAGGCACGGAAGAGUAG